AUGAUAUCCGCUCACCAGCUCCCUUUGGCUCUAGACGAAGAUACUUUCCCAAUGCGUCAAGACGAGGCUACCUUGAGCACGGAACACUCUUCGACCGAUCUGCUGGGACUUAUUCACGAGCAAGCCUUCGAAAUAAAAGAGCUCAAAGCUAGGCUGAGUAUAUUCGGCGACCAGCUAGCCAACUUACAAGCUCUUCUCCUAACUUCAGUCCCAACAACCAGUGCUGCGAAUACGGCUCUUAAGCUUUCGCAGCAAGAAAUACUCGACGCAGCUAAAAAGCUCAGGGCUAGCGAACAAUGUGCCAAGCGGGUUAUUUUCUGGAAGCGGUUCUCUAUGUCUGACACUUUAGAAAGUAUAUGUAAGCAUAUAUGCAGCCUUCUACAACCGCUUAAAUUCAAACCCCUUAGCUGUACCUGGCUAACCGCCAAAGGUUCACCCAGACGUCUCGGCCUUCUUGUCGACAUGGGGUCUUCCAAGCUUGCCACUGAUGUUCUCAUCGAAGCUCCCACCCUUAAACGCUCCUGGUUAGGUUUAAGAGGUGUCUCCAUAGAUAAACCACUGCAUGUGAGACUUUCACAGCCCAAACUAAAAGGUCCAAAAGUUGAUCCUAGAGACGCCGAACUGUUGAGAAGCGCCUUCGUCUCAGCAGUUCGGUUGGACUCAAAGGUUCUUAAGUCUCAACCCUCUUCCCCGGACCCCAUACCCUUAGACGAGACCGUCGUCUGCCUUAAACCAAUGGCGGCCAGCUCAACAAACAACAGUUUUAUGGAACAGAAUCAGAUUUCAACCGAGGCAUCUGGGAACCAGAAGCAAAAGAAGCUGAAAAUUAAAAAACCGACGAAACCCACUCCGGCCCGCAAACUAGCCCCACCUGACACUAGAAGAGGGCUACUCGGGGAGCCUCCCAGCAUUAUUCAGGUGCGCCUGGACACACUACGAAAGUUGCCGGUGGCCAAUAUAGGACCAACGCUUCACUCAGCGAAUGGUUGUUCCUGCGGCGUACCAUCCCAGCUCGAGAACGGCAACAACAGAGAAAUUUUUCGGACGAAGGGAGCGAUAGGUCGCCCGCCAGAGAGGCUGAUAAAGAAAAUCUCACCGAUGGUGAGAUACCCUUCCAAGACAGCCCCCCGACCAACGUACGCUCAAACCGUACGUCGACAACCUCUAAUAUCGCCUCCGACUGCUCAACCGAUCCCGCCUUUCUCCCUAACGGACUCAAGGACUUUGAUGGACGCAUUCUUAAAUGCAUUUCUAGCAACUGUCUUAGUCUCCCAAACAAAGUUCUCGAACUAA